AUGCUGGUUCCCAUGCAUAACUCACCCACGGCCGCCAACGGCCGCUUAUCACUUACUGUCGCCAGCUCCGGUCUUAGAAAGGGUAAAAAAAACCGGGUGUAUACUAUACACUCAUACAUCCGCUCACCCGUUUCCAGUAGUGAAUUUUCAUUUUCUGUACGAAGGCAAUAUAAGCUGACGAUCCGCAUAAAGCAGAAGACUCAUUUGUAA